GAGGGACUAAUCUCUGCCUGGUGUUCAGGGUCUUCGCCGUCUGCACGCCCGGCGGCGGCCCCCGUCUCCGGUUGCUCCUCCGGCCACGGGCUUCCCGGCGGGGAGGCAGCACAAGGAGGGAGUGCGGUGGCCCUGAGUUUCCCUAAGCCAUGGGCAACGAGGCGAGCUUGGAAGGGGAAGGGCUCCCCGAAGGGCUGGCGGCGGCAGCAGCGGCGGCGGCCGGAGGAGGGGCUGGCGGGGCGGGGAGCCCCUUGCACACCGUGACUCCGGCCGGCAUGGAGGCGGAUCUGAGCCGGCUGAGCGAAGAGGAGAGGAGACAGAUCGCUGCUGUCAUGUCAAGGGCGCAGGGGCUGCCCAAGGGAAGCAUUCCUCCGGCCUCUGCGGAGCCGCCUUCCAUGCACAGGAAACAAGAGUUGGAUAGUAGUCAAUCUCCAAAGCAACCAGGAAAACCGCCGGACCCUGGGCGUCCAGUUCAGCCUGGUCUCAGUAAAAGUAGAACUACAGAUACUCUGAGGUCAGAGCAGAAAUUGCCUGGAAGGAGUCCUUCCACUAUUAGCUUGAAAGAAUCGAAAUCCAGAACUGAUUUUAAGGAAGAGCACAAGUCUAGUAUGAUGACUGGCUUCCUCUCAGAGGUUAAUCCUUUAAGUGCUGUCUCCUCUGUUGUAAAUAAAUUCAGUCCUUUUGAUUUGAUAUCAGACCCUGAUGCCUCCCAGGAAGAAGCCUCCAAGAAACAAAAAAUAUCUCAGAAGGAACAAGGAAAACCUGAAGGAAUCACAAAGCCUCCAUCACAACAACAGUCACCCAAGCCAGUUCCUAAGCAGCCAGGACCUGUGAGGGCCCUGCUUCAGCAGGACGGUUCUCCCAAAUCAGUAUCUCCUCAGCAGCCAGAAAAAAUUAAAUCACAACCUCCAGAAACAGGAAAGCCAACUCAGGGCCUCACCCAGGCUCCGCAGACAGACCAGGCAAAAUUGCCACUUCAGAGAGAUGCAGCCAGGCCUCAGACUAAACAGACAGAUACAGUAAGGGGAGAGUCAGUUAAACCCUCACUGCAAAGCCCAUCCAAGCCUCCUAUUCACCAAGUAAGUCCUGGAAAGCCUCCAGCCCAGCAGCCUGGACCUGGAAAACUUUCCACACCACAGCCUGGGCCUGAAAAGCCCUCAGCUCAGCAGCCAGGGCCAACGAAGGCCCUAGCUCAACAGCCAGGGACCCCAAAGCUCCCGGCCCAGCCACCAGGAACAGCAAAGGCUGCAGCUCAGCAACCUGGGCCAAAGUCUCCAGCUCAGCCUCCUGGGCCUGCAAAGACUCCAGCUCAGCCUCCUGGGCCUGCAAAGUCUCCAGCUCAGCCUCCUGGGCCUGCAAAGACUCCAGCUCAGCCUCCUGGGCCUGCAAAGACUCCGGCUCAGCCUCCCGGGCCUGCAAAGACUCCGGCUCAGCCUCCUGGGCCUGCAAAGACUCCGGCUCAGCCUCCUGGGCCUGCAAAGACUCCGGCUCAGCCACCAGGGCCAGCAAAGCCCACGGCCCAACAGCUGGGGACAGCGAAAUCCCCGGCUCACCAACCUGGGCCACAGUCUCCAGCUCAGCCACCUGGGCCUGCAAAGACUGCAGCUCAGCAGGUUGGGCCAGGGAAGCCUCAGGUCCAGCAGGCUGGGCCAGGCAAGACUCCAGCUCAACAGCCUGGCCCAAUGAAGCCCCCUCCUCAGCAGCCUGGCCCAGCAAAGCCCCCUCCUCAACAAUCUACAAAACCAGGAAGCCAAACAGGGAAACCCCUGCAGCCACAAACUUUUCCAUCUGCAGCACAGACUCCAGUACAAGGCCUCCCAAAAACCAUCUGUCCUCUUUGCAAUACCACUGAACUUCUGUUGCAUGUUCCAGAAAAUGCCAAUUUUAACACAUGCACUGAGUGUCAAACCACUGUUUGUAGCCUCUGUGGUUUUAACCCCAAUCCUCAUUUAACCGAGAUUAAAGAGUGGCUCUGUUUAAACUGUCAGAUGCAGAGAGCUCUAGGAGGUGACCUGGCUCCAGUUCCAUCAUCACCCCAGCCCAAACCGAAGACCGCCCCUGUUCCUACAUCAGCAGUGAGCAAGCCAACCCCACAAUCACAGCAGAUUUCUCCAAAGAAAGAUACUACACCCAAACAGGAUGUCUCAAAGGCCCCUGAGUCUAAAAAGCCCCCACCACUAGUGAAACAGCCAACCCUUCAUGGCUCCCUCCCAGUCACAGCCCAGCAGCCUCCUGUGGCAGAGUCCUCCUCCAAGCCAGCCCCUCCCAAAGAGCCUUCCGUCCCAUCUGAACAGGCCAAGGUCUCCGUGGCUGAUGAUAAACCAAAGCAGCCCAAGACAGUAAAGCCAGCCACAGACAUUGUGUCUUCAUUGUCAACAGUAGCAAAACCGGACGUUCCAAGCUCCAAAGUACCAUCACAGGAUCAAGAGAAAGCAAUUCCUUCUCUAAAACCAGACUCUGCCAAACCCUCACAGAGUUUUCCACCAACAGGAGAAAAAGUCACCUCAUUCGAUUCUAAAGUCAUACCUCGACCUGCAUCAGAUUCAAAACUUAUUUCACAUCCUGGGCCUAGUUCAGAGACCAAAGGUCAAAAACAAGUUGAUUCAAUUCAGAAGAGGGACGAACCAAAGAAAGCACAAACCAGAAUGAGUCCUAAGCCAGAUGCCAAGCCUAUGCCAAAAGGGGCACCAACACCCCAAGGUCCGCGACCUUCCACUGGCCAAACUGCCCCCCCAUCUCCACAGCCCCCGAAACCUCAGGAGCAGUCGAGACGUUUUAGUCUGAAUCUGGGAAGUAUUUCUGAUGUCCCUAAAUCACAGCCCACAACUCCUCAAGAAACAGUGACUGGGAAACUCUUUGGGUUUGGAGCAUCCAUUUUCAGCCAGGCAUCAAAUCUAAUCUCCACAGCAGGCCAGCCUGGGUCUCAUGCACAGGGUGGGCCAGUGGCCCCGACAAAACAAGUCCCUCCUUCGCAGCCACCUACUUCUCAGGGGCCACCCAAAUCCACAGCACCACCUGCACCUGCCAAGGUUAUACCUGUGAAAAAGGAAACCAAAGCUUUAGUAGCUGAAAAAUUAGAGCCCAAAGCUGAACAAGUUUCAACAGUAAAAAGAACAGAAACAGAAAAGAAGCCUCUGCCUACUAAGGACAGCAAACCUUCAACAGUUGAGCCUCAAAAGGCUGUUCUUCCCCCCAAACUGGAGGAAACCCCCAAACCAGAAUCAGCCUGUCCUCUCUGCAAAACUAAACUCAACAUAGGUUCUAAGGAUCCUCCUAACUUCAAUACUUGCACUGAAUGCAAGAAACAAGUGUGUAAUCUCUGUGGAUUUAACCCUACACCACACUUGACUGAGAUUCAGGAAUGGCUUUGUUUAAAUUGCCAAACCCAGAGAGCAAUAUCAGGACAGCUUGGAGACAUGGGCAAAAUGCCACCUACACAGACAGGACCAAAAGCCUCUCCUAUGCCUGUCCCUACAGAACAACCAUCUCAGAAAAUAGCAAUGCCUGCCCAAGUAAAAGUGAAAAAGAGGGAACAAGAAUUAAAAACCAAAGGUGAAAAAAUCAUUCCAGAAGAAGUGAAAGAAACACCUUCAGUUGAAAAAAUUCCCCCUAAGGGAACCACAGAUCAAAUCCAGGAAGAGAGUAAACUAGAGAAAGACAAAACUUCAGCCCCUCAAGAAAAGAAGCCAACCCCUGAAGACAAAAAGCCACUCCUAGAAGAAAAAAAGCCUCCUCUUGAAGAAGAAAAGCCAACCCUUAAAGACAAAAGGCCAGCUCUUGAAGACAAAAAGUUACCCCCAGGAGCAAAAACAUCAGCUCUAGAGGAGGAACAGAAAUAUGACUUACUUAAAACUCAAGUACAGAUUGCUGAAGAAAAACCUGAAGGCAAAGUGGCUCCAGAGGCAGUGCAAGAAAAGAAACAACCACUGACCAAGAUGGAAGAUUUACCAUCUGGCGCACCUCAGAGUUUGUCUACGAAAGUUGAAGGGAUGACUCAAAAAAUAAAAGAACAGCCACAGGCAGCAUGCUCGGCAAAGCCUGAUCAGAUGGAACCUAGGAAGGAAAAAACAGAAAAGGAAGAUGACAAAUCAGACACAUCAAGUAUUCAGCAGCCGAAAAGCCCACAAGGUCUGAGUGACACAGGAUAUUCUUCUGACGGAAUAUCAAGUUCGCUUGGUGAAAUUCCAAGUCUUAUUCCCAGUGAUGAAAAGGAUUUGCUCAAGGGACUCAAAAAGGACUCCUUUUCACAAGAAAGCAGCCCAUCCAGCCCCUCAGAUUUGGCUAAGUUAGAAAGUAUGGUCCUAUCCAUUUUGGAAGCUCAGGCAAGUACACUUGAAGAAAAAGCAGAAAAGAAAACAGAACCCUGCGAGGUUUCUCCUGAGCAGCCUAAGGACCAACAGAAAACUCAGAGUUUAGCCGAAACUACAGUUUCAGAGGAGCUUAAAGAAAGUCAAGAAGAAGAAGACACUGUUAAGAAAGAGAGCCAACAAGACAUCCCUUCCAGAAAGGACCAUGAAGAAAAGUCUGAAUUUGUUGAUGAGUUGCCUACAAGAAGACAGCCUUAUGAUUCAAUUGAAGACAGUAGUGAAAGUGAAAACUCACCUGUUCCACAAAGAAAACGGAGAACUAGUGUUGGUUCAUCAAGCAGUGAUGAAUAUAAACAUGAAGAUAGUCAAGGAUCAGGUGAAGAGGAAGACUUCAUUCGAAAGCAAAUCAUAGAAAUGAGUGCUGAUGAAGAUGCUUCAGGUUCUGAAGAUGAUGAGUUCAUUAGGAACCAGCUCAAAGAGAUUAGUAGUAGUAUUGAAAGCCAGAAGAAGGAAGAAACCAAAGGGAAGGGAAAAGGAAUAGCAGGGAAACACAGGCGACUGACGCGAAAAAGUAGUGCAAGCUUUGAUGAUGAUGCAGGGAGACGCCAUUCGUGGCAUGAUGAAGAUGAUGAGAACUUUGAUGAAAGUCCGGAACUUAAAUACAGAGAAACUAAAAGUCAGGAGAGUGAAGAACUUGUAGUUUCCGGAGGAGGAGGGCUACGUCGAUUCAAAACGAUUGAACUCAAUAGCACGAUCGCAGAUAAAUACUCUGCAGAGUCAUCACAGAAAAAAACAGCUUUGUACUUUGAUGAAGAGCCAGAAUUAGAAAUGGAAAGCUUGACAGACUCUCCGGAAGAUCGGUCAAGGGGGGAAGGAUCUUCUAGUCUUCAUGCUUCCAGCUUCACUCCUGGCACAUCCCCUACAUCAGUUUCGUCACUUGAUGAGGACAGCGACAGUAGCCCGAGUCACAAAAAAGGAGAGAGCAAACAGCAGCGCAAAGCUCGACACAGAUCGCAUGGCCCUCUUUUACCUACGAUUGAAGAUUCUUCGGAGGAAGAAGAAUUGAGAGAGGAAGAAGAAUUAUUGAAGGAGCAAGAAAAGCAACGGGAAUUAGAACAGCAGCAAAGAAAGAGUUCUAGUAAGAAAUCAAAGAAAGACAAAGAUGAACUUCGAGCUCAGAGAAGGAGGGAAAGACCAAAGACACCACCCAGUAAUCUCUCUCCCAUCGAAGAUGCAUCUCCAACAGAAGAAUUACGUCAGGCUGCAGAAAUGGAGGAGCUUCAUCGAUCUUCUUGUUCUGAAUAUUCACCUAGCAUAGAGUCAGACCCGGAAGGCUUUGAAAUAAGCCCAGAAAAGAUAAUCGAAGUACAAAAAGUUUAUAAAUUGCCCACAGCUGUGUCUUUAUACUCACCGACAGAUGAGCAAUCUAUUAUGCAGAAAGAAGGUAGCCAAAAGGCAUUAAAAAGCGCUGAGGAGAUGUAUGAAGAAAUGAUGCAUAAAAGCCAGAAAUAUAAAGCUUUUCCAGCUGCAAGUGAACGAGACGAAAUGUUUGAAAAAGAGCCUUUGUAUGGUGGAAUGUUAAUAGAGGAUUAUAUUUAUGAAUCUUUAGUAGAGGACACGUAUAAUGGUUCCGUUGAUGGCAGUCUGCUCACGAGGCAAGAAGAAGAAAAUGGAUUUUUACAGCAGAGAGGGAGAGAGCAAAAAAUAAGACUUCCAGAACAGAUUUAUGAAGAUCCCAUGCAGAAAAUUACAGACCUUCAGAAAGAGUUUUAUGAGCUAGAAAGCUUACAUGCUGUUUUGCCUCAAGAAGACAUUGUUUCAAGCUCUUUUAUCAUCCCAGAAAGCCAUGAGAUUGUGGAUCUGGGUAGUAUGGUAUCUUCUACCAGUGAAGAAAAGCAAUUAUUAGAUGCUGAUGCUGCCUAUGAAGAACUCAUAAAAAGGCAACAGAUGCAAUUAACACCUGGAUCCAGCCCAACCCAGCCCACCAUCAGGGAUGAUAUGACAGAGUCUACUGUGGACUUUGACAGGGUGCCUGAUGCAUCUUUGACAUCAAGUGUUCUCUCAGGAGUAUCUCUUACAGAUUCAACCAGCAGUGCAACACUCUCCAUCCCAGAUGUUAAAAUAACCCAACAUUUUUCAACAGAAGAAAUUGAGGAUGAAUAUGUGACUGAUUAUACAAGAGAAAUUCAAGAGAUAAUUGCUCAUGAGUCACUGAUUUUGACCUACUCUGAGCCUUCAGAAAGUGCUACAUCUGCCCCACCCUCUGAGACACCCUCUCUCACAUCAUCUGUCUCUUCAGUUUGUACCACAGAUAGCUCCUCGCCCAUUACUACCCUGGAUAGCAUAACCACAGUUUAUACUGAGCCAGUGGACAUUGUAACUAAAUUUGAAGAUUCUGAGGAAAUUUCUUCAUCAACAUAUUUCCCAGGCAGCAUUAUAGACUAUCCAGAAGACAUAUCUUUAGAUCGGACUACCAUACCAGAUGGUAGAACUAGUGCUGAUCACAUUGUGAUUUCCUUAUCUGAUAUGGAACCUUCUCUCAUAGAAACUGUAGGCACUAAACUUGAGGGGCUAAUUGCUGACACUAUUUCCACUGACUUAUCUGUAUCUGAAAAGGACCCAGUGAAGAAAGCCAAGAAGGAAACAGGGGAUGGAAUUAUUCUGGAAGUUUUGGAAGCUUACAGAGAUACAAGGAAGGAGUCGGAGGCUGAACUAACAAAAAUUAGCCUAUCUGAAACUCUGUUUGAUCAGACACCUUCUUCUCUAACAGCCCUUCCAAUGAAGGAGCAGGUUUCAACUACAUGCUUUUUAUCUGAAGACGUUUUUGGUUCAGCAAAGCCUGCAUCUCAGCUGCCAUCUGGCACUCCUUCUAUUUCCUGUCUUACAACUAAAGCUCGUCCAUUCCUUCGAAGUUCUUCUUUGGACGCAUCAGCCCAACCUCCUCCCCCUCCUCCUCCUCCCCCACCCCCUCCUCCCCCUCCACCCCCUCCUCCUCCCCCACCUCUUCCUCCACCAACCUCACCUAAACCAACUAUUCAUCCUAAAAAAAAGGUAACGGUUCCAGCUCCAGUGACUGCGACUACUGCAGCUACACCUCUAGUAGAUUCUGUUGCUACAGUAGAGACCACAGCUGCUCCAGGAAGUAAUGGGUUACCUAUAACAAAAAUAUGUACCACUGUACCUCCUCCUGUCCCCCCUAAGCCAUCUUCAGUUCCAUCUGGACUUGUAUUUACACAUAGACCUGAGCCAAGCAAACCUCCAGUUGCCCCUAAACCAGCAGUUCCUGAACCUCCAGUCGCUACCGCAAAACCAACAGAUACGCAGCCCAAACCAACAGGUCUACCUAUAACUUCAACUAUGACAUUAAAUUUAGUGACUUCAGCAGAUUAUAAAUUGCCUUCCCCUACCUCUCCACUUUCCCCUUACUCUGACAAGUCCUCGCCAAGAUUUUCCAAGUCCCUCAUGGAAACUUAUGUGGUUAUCACAUUGCCAUCUGAACCUGGGACUCCAACAGAUUCUUCAGGGAGUCAAGUUAUUACCAGCUGGCCCUUGGGAUCACCCUCCAAAGACCUGAUUUCCACAGAGCCAGUAUUUUCUGUAGUUCCUCCUAUGACAGCUACAGAAAUUUCAAGUUCUUCACGACAGAGCCUGUACAUCUCAGGAGCUUUGGAGACAUUUUCUGCUAUCCCUGUCACAACACUAUCUUCAUUUCAAGAACCCCCAACUUCAGUUACACAGUUUUUCCCAGCUGAAGUUUCCAAGGCUGAGUUUUCAACAGCCAAAAGUACAAUUGCUAGUACUGGUCUCAGCAGUGUCUCUAUAUCCAUUCCUCCAGAGCCUCUUGCUCUAGAUCACCUCCAUUUAGAGAAGCAACAGUAUAAAGAAAAUGUUAAGUUGCAACUUGUUGGUGAUGCUAUUGAUCUGCGUACAGUACCCAAAGUAGAAGUUAAAGUAACUGAAAAAUGUAUGGAUCUUUCUGCUUCCAUGAUGGAUGUGAAGAGGCAGACCACAGUAAGUGAAAUGUAUGGGAGACAAAUUAGUGCUGUCCAGCCCUCUAUUAUAAAUCUCAGUGCAACUUCAUCAGGAGUGACUCCAGUAUCCCUGGUCACCGAGACAGUGACUGUUGUCACGUGCACAGCUACUGCAAGCUACACCACAGGCACAGAAAGCCUAGUGCGUCUAGAACGUACAACAGCAAUGCCACUUCAACUCACUACAUCAAAGCAUGUAGAGCCCCCAUGCAGGGUACCAAGUGGCCAGGCCUUUCCUACAGUUAGGGAGGAAGCACCAAUAAACUUAUCUUUAACCACUUCUGUACACCCAAUGACAUCAGCUCUUACGAAAACCAUGACUGCACCUCCUGUUGGUGUCACAAACGGUUGGACUGAUAGCACCACAUCACAGGGCAUCACUGAUGGAGAAGUAGUGGAUCUCAGUACCUCAAAGUCUCAUAGAACUGUUGUAACAAUGGAUGAAGCUACUUCAAAUGUGGUGACCAAAAUAAUAGAUGAUGAAAAACCUGUUGAUCUGACUGCAGGAAGAAGAGCUGUGUGCUGUGAUGUGGUUUAUAGGUUACCUUUUGGGAGGAGCUGCACGGCACAGCAGCCUGCAACGACUCUUCCUGAGGAUCGUUUUGGUUAUAGGGAUGAUCACUAUCAGUAUGAUCGAGCAGGGCCAUAUGGUUAUAGAGGGAUUGGGGGAAUGAAACCUUCCAUGUCUGACACUAAUUUAGCAGAAGCUGGACAUUUUUUCUAUAAAAGUAAGAAUGCUUUUGAUUAUUCUGGAGGAACUGAUGCAGCAGUAGAUCUAACUUCAGGGAGAAUUACUACAGGUCAGUAUGAUGUAGCAACAGACCUUUCCUUGAAAUAUCAUUAUGGUGUUCCUCAUCUCAUUUCAGGAUGACAAUGUGGUCCCUUUCCCAAUUUGUUACUUUUCAUCUUUCUUUGGAUGUUUUGGCAACGUAUUUUGGAGUACAUGUGCGCUUUUGUUUCUUCAUUUUUUUUUUAACCUUUCCACGCAAAGUCGCCUGCAUGUGCCUGCAUGUUCAACAUUGCUUUUAUUCCGCACCUAGGUAGGUUAACCUGUGGAUUUGCAUGCCGUCCCGUUCAUUAUGUUCUUCAAGACGAGUGGGCUUUCCAACCCCAAAAGCAUCAUUCGUUCUGGAACUGGACUGUAACUCUACCCUGUGUUUCAGGUGAGGUAAUGGAUUAUUCAAGCAAGACUACAGGUCCAUAUCCAGAAACACGACAAGUCAUUUCAGGAGUUGGGAUUAGUACCCCACAGUAUUCCACAGCAAGAAUGACUCCACCUCCAGGACCUCAGUAUGGUGUGGGGAGUGUUUUGAGGUCAUCUAAUGGUGUUGUCUAUUCUUCAGUAGCAGCUCCAAUUCCUUCCACAUUUGCUAUCACCACACAACCUGGCUCCAUUUUCAGCAACACCAUGAGGGAUUUGUCUGGUGUGCACACAACUGACACUGUGACUUCAUUAUCCGCCCUGCACCAGAGCCAGCCAAUGCCUAGGUCAUAUUUCUUGACAACAGGGGCAUCUGAAACAGACAUUGCAGUCACUGGUGUUGAUAUCAAUGCCAGUUUGCAAACUAUCACUAUGGAAACUCUGACAGCUGAGACGAUGGACUCAGUUCCCACUUUAACCACAGCGUCUGAAGUAUUUUCUGAAGUGGUGGGAGAGGAAAGUGCACUUUUAAUCGUCCCCGAAGAAGAUAAGCAACAACAGCAACUGGAUUUGGAGCGUGAGCUCUUGGAACUGGAGAAAAUUAAGCAGCAGCGUUUUGCUGAGGAAUUAGAGUGGGAACGGCAGGAAAUUCAAAGGUUCCGAGAACAGGAAAAGCUCAUGGUUCAAAAAAAGCUGGAGGAGCUGCAGUCAAUGAAGCAGCACCUCCUGUAUCAGCAAGAAGAGGAGCGGCAAGCCCAGUUCAUCAUGAGACAGGAGACGUUAGCGCAGCAACAGUUGCAGCUGGAGCAGAUCCAGCAGCUGCAGCAACAGCUUCACCAGCAGCUCGAGGAACAAAAGAUCCGCCAGAUCUACCAGUAUAGCUAUGAUCCUUCUGGAACUGCUUCUCCACAAACCACUACAGAGCAGGCCAUUCUGGAAGGUCAGUAUGCUGCCCCAGAAGGUGGUGGUCAGUUUUGGGCAACCGAAGAUACAACCACCACAGCCUCUGCCGUGGUGGCGAUUGAAAUACCACAAAGCCAAGGAUGGUACACAGUUCAGUCGGAUGGGGUUACUCAGUACAUUGCCCCACCUGGUAUCCUGAGUACUGUUUCAGAAAUACCUCUGACAGACGUGGUUGUAAAAGAGGAGAAGCAGCCCAAAAAGAGAAGUUCUGGAGCUAAAGUCCGUGGCCACUAUGAUGAGAUGGGGGAAAAUCUGGCAGAUGAUCCCCGCUGCUUUAAAAAGAUAGUGGACAGCGGGGUACAAACUGAUGAUGAAGAUGCAGCAGAUAGGAGUUACGUGAGUAGGAGAAGGAGAACUAAAAAGAGUGUCGAUACAAGCGUCCAAACGGAUGAUGAAGAUCAGGAUGAAUGGGAUAUGCCUACUAGAUCAAGGAGAAAAGCUCGCGUAGGGAAAUAUGGUGACAGCACUACAGAGGCAGACAAGGCCAAACUCCUUUCCAAAGUCUCCAGUAUAGCAGUUCAAACAGUAGCAGAGAUAUCUGUGCAAACUGAACCAGUCGGAACCAUAAGAACGCCUUCGAUACGGGCACGCGUGGAUGCCAAGGUAGAAAUAAUUAAACACAUUUCAGCACCAGAAAAGACUUACAAAGGGGGCAGUUUAGGAUGUCAAACAGAAGCAGAUUCAGACACACAAAGUCCUCAAUAUCUGGGUGCCACAUCUCCACCCAAAGACAAGAAACGCCCAACACCUUUAGAGAUCGGUUAUUCAUCUCACCUUCGGGCAGAUUCCACAUUACAGCUGGCUCCUUCCCCACCCAAAUCUCCAAAAGUCCUUUAUUCACCCAUCUCACCACUUUCACCAGGCAAAGCCUUAGAAUCAGCCUUUGUACCUUAUGAGAAACCCCUCCCUGAUGAUAUAAGUCCACAGAAAGUACUGCACCCCGAUAUGGCUAAAGUUCCCCCAGCAAGUCCUAAGACAGCCAAGAUGAUGCAACGCUCCAUGUCUGACCCCAAGCCUCUGAGUCCAACAGCAGACGAAAGUUCCAGGGCUCCUUUUCAGUAUACCGAGGGCUACACGACAAAAGGUUCUCAAACCACGGCACCCUCUGGCACCCAGAAAAAAGUGAAGAGAACUCUGCCAAACCCACCUCCCGAGGAGACCUCCACGGGAACUCAGUCAACAUACAGCACCGUGGGCACAGUUUCCAGGAGAAGGAUCUGCAGAACCAAUACGAUGGCACGAGCCAAGAUUCUCCAGGAUAUAGACAGAGAGCUCGAUCUUGUGGAGAGGGAAUCUGCAAAGCUUAGAAAGAAACAAGCAGAACUUGAUGAGGAAGAGAAGGAGAUUGAUGCCAAGUUACGGUACCUGGAAAUGGGGAUUAACAGGAGGAAAGAGGCGUUGUUAAAGGAGAGAGAAAAGAGAGAGCGAGCCUACCUCCAGGGAGUAGCUGAGGAUCGUGAUUACAUGUCUGACAGUGAGGUCAGCAGCACCAGACCAACCCGAAUCGAAAGUCAGCAUGGCAUAGAGCGACCGAGAACUGCUCCCCAAACUGAAUUCAGCCAGUUUAUACCACCACAAACCCAAACAGAAUCUCAGCUAGUUCCUCCUACAAGUCCUUAUACCCAAUACCAAUACUCUUCCCCUGCUCUUCCUACCCAAGCACCCACCCCAUACACCCAACAAUCCCACUUUCAGCAACAGACUCUGUACCAUCAGGAAGUUUCACCUUAUCAGACUCAGCCAACCUUCCAAGCUGUGGCAACGAUGUCCUUCACACCUCAAGCUCAACCUACCCCAACACCACAACCUGCUUAUCAGUUACCAUCACAGAUGAUGGUGAUACAACAAAAGCCCCGGCAAACUGCGUUAUAUUUGGAGCCCAAGAUAACUUCAAACUAUGAGGUGAUUCGCAACCAACCCCUGAUGAUAGCGCCUGUUUCUACUGAUAAUACAUAUGCUGUUUCCCACCUUGGUAGUAAGUACAACAGCUUAGACUUGAGAAUAGGAUUGGAGGAAAGAAGUAGCAUGGCAAGCAGCCCAAUAUCAAGCAUAUCGGCAGACUCUUUCUAUGCAGAUAUUGACCAUCAUACUCCACGAAAUUAUGUCUUAAUUGAUGACAUUGGAGAUAUUACAAAAGGAACAGCCGCUUUAAGCACUGCAUUUAGCCUUCAUGAAAAAGAUCUGUCAAAAGCAGACCGUCUCCUUCGAACCACUGAGACACGUAGGUCUCAAGAAGUGACAGAUUUCCUAGCACCUCUGCAGACUUCUUCCAGAUUGCAUAGUUAUGUGAAAGCAGAGGAAGACCCGAUGGAGGAUCCUUAUGAGUUAAAGCUUCUGAAACAUCAGAUUAAACAAGAAUUCCGUAGAGGGGCAGAGAGCUUAGAUCACCUCGCUGGUCUUUCCCAUUAUUACCAUGCCGAUACUAGCUAUAGACAUUUUCCAAAAUCUGAAAAGUAUAGCAUUAGUAGACUCACACUUGAAAAACAAGCAGCAAAACAACUACCAGCAGCCAUACUUUAUCAAAAGCAGUCAAAGCAUAAGAAAUCACUAAUUGAUCCUAAAAUGUCCAAAUUUUCACCUAUUCAAGAAAGUAGAGACCUUGAACCUGAUUAUUCGAGCUACAUGACUUCUAGCAGUUCAUCUAUUGGUGGCAUUUCUUCCAGGGCAAGGCUUCUUCAAGAUGAUAUCACUUUUGGCCUCAGAAAAAAUAUUACAGACCAACACAAAUUUUUGGGAUCAUCUCUUGGCACAGGGCUGGGCACAUUAGGAAAUACCAUACGGUCAGCUCUGCAGGAUGAAGCAGAUAAGCCAUACAGCAGUGGCAGCAGGUCCAGACCUUCUUCCAGACCUUCCUCUGUCUACGGGCUUGAUUUAUCAAUUAAAAGAGAUUCUUCCAGCUCUUCUCUAAGACUGAAAGCUCAAGAGGCGGAAGCUCUAGAUGUUUCCUUUAGUCAUGCAUCCCCCUCUGGCAGAACUAAGCCUACCAGUUUGCCGAUUAGCCAGAGUAGAGGAAGAAUACCAAUUGUGGCCCAGAAUUCUGAAGAGGAAAGUCCACUCAGUCCUGUUGGCCAGCCAAUGGGAAUGGCCAGGGCUGCAGCUGGACCCCUGCCACCAAUAUCUGCAGACACCAGGGAUCAGUUUGGAUCAAGUCACUCAUUGCCUGAAGUUCAACAACACAUGAGAGAAGAAUCACGGACGCGAGGCUACGAUCGUGACAUAGCUUUCAUCAUGGAUGACUUCCAACAUGCCAUGUCAGACAGUGAAGCCUAUCACCUGCGUCGUGAAGAAACAGAUUGGUUUGACAAACCCAGGGAGUCUCGUUUGGAAAAUGGACAUGGUCUGGAUCGAAAACUGCCAGAAAGGUUGGUCCACUCUAGACCACUCAGUCAACAUCAAGAGCAAAUUAUACAGAUGAACGGGAAAACUGUGCACUACAUCUUUCCUCAUGCAAGAAUAAAAAUAACAAGAGACUCCAAGGAUCACACAGUCUCAGGUAAUGGAUUAGGAAUUAGAAUUGUGGGUGGUAAAGAAAUCCCUGGACAUAGCGGAGAAAUUGGAGCUUAUAUCGCCAACAUUCUUCCUGGGGGAAGUGCAGAACAGACAGGGAAACUUGUAGAAGGCAUGCAAGUAUUGGAAUGGAAUGGAGUUCCUUUAACUUCUAAAACAUAUGAAGAAGUACAGAGUAUCAUUAGUCAGCAAAGUGGGGAAGCAGAAAUAUGUGUAAGACUGGACCUCAGUAUGCUAUCAGAUUCUGAAAAUCCCCAGCACCUAGAACUUCAUGAACCACCAAAAGCUGUGGAUAAAGCGAAAUCCCCAGGGGUUGAUCCUAAGCAGUUGGCUGCAGAGCUCCAGAAGGUCUCGCUACAGCAGUCACCACUGGUUCUGUCGUCCGUCGUUGAAAAAGGAUCUCACGUUCAUUCAGGUCCUACAUCAGCAGGAUCCAGUUCUGUUCCCAGCCCUGGGCAACCAGGGUCACCCUCAGUGAGCAAAAAGAAACACAGCAGCAGCAAGCCUACUGAUGCAACAAAGGUUGUCUCUCAUCCAAUUACGGGGGAAAUUCAGCUUCAAAUCAACUAUGAUCUUGGAAAUCUCAUAAUACAUAUUCUCCAAGCAAGAAACCUUGUCGCUCGAGACAACAAUGGUUACUCAGACCCCUUUGUUAAAGUGUACCUUCUUCCAGGGCGAGGUGCUGAGUACAAGAGAAGGACUAAAUAUGUUCAGAAAAGUCUUAAUCCUGAGUGGAAUCAAACAGUAAUUUAUAAAAGUAUCUCCAUGGAACAGCUCAAGAAGAAAACACUGGAGGUGACAGUCUGGGAUUAUGAUAGAUUUUCUUCCAAUGAUUUUCUUGGUGAGGUAUUGAUUGAUUUAUCUAGCACAUCUCACCUCGAUAACACGCCUAGGUGGUAUCCUCUCAAAGAACAGACUGAAAGCAUUGAUCAUGGCAAGUCCCAUUCCAGUCAAAGCAGCCAGCAGUCCCCAAAGCCGUCUGUCAUCAAAAGCAGAAGCCAUGGUAUCUUCCCUGACCCAUCCAAGGACAUGCAGGUUCCCACCAUUGAGAAAUCCCAUAGUAGUCCCGGUAGCUCGAAAUCCUCAUCCGAAGGCCAUCUCCGCUCUCAUGGACCAUCUCGCAGUCAAAGCAAAACCAGCGUCACUCAGACCCACUUGGAAGAUGCAGGGGCUGCUAUAGCCGCUGCCGAAGCCGCCGUGCAACAACUCCGCCUUCAACCAACCAAGCCCACCAAUCACCGGCCUGCAGAAAGCUCCGUGUCCACUGGCUCCUCGGGCAGCAGCUUUGGCAGUGGGUAUAGCGUGGACAGUGAAGGAAGCAGCAGCACUGCAGGGGACACUAAUCUAUUUCCUAUUCCAAGGAUAGGAAAGAUGGGGCAGAAUGGGCAAGAGACUAUAAAACAGCCAGGAGUAGGCGUAGGACUAGCAGACACUGAAGUUAAAACUCAGGUAAUGGGAGAAAUCAAGAUUGCACUGAAGAAAGAAAUGAAGACAGAUGGGGAACAACUCAUAGUUGAAAUCCUCCAAUGCAGAAAUAUCACCUACAAAUUUAAAUCUCCUGAUCACUUACCAGAUUUAUAUGUGAAACUAUAUGUGAUGAACGUUUCUACCCAAAAAAAGGUGAUCAAGAAAAAAACAAGAGUAUGUAGACAUGAUCGAGAGCCUUCAUUCAAUGAAACUUUUAGAUUCAGCCUAAGUCCUGCUGGACAUUCUCUUCAGAUUUUACUUUUUUCCAAUGGAGGGAAGUUUAUGAAAAAGACCUUGAUUGGUGAAGCCUGUAUCUGGCUAGACAAAGUGGAUCUCAGAAAAAGAAUAGUCAACUGGCACAAACUUUUGGUCAGUCCUACUCAAGCCCACUGAAGAAAUGUGUCUGCUCAGGGUAUAGAAAGUUCUUUAAACAGUCUUAAAUCAAGACUAUAGUCGAAUACUAUUGUUCUAAGCUAUGUUUUCAGGGGUAACCAUAAGAAGAGGAACAAAAGGCAAAAAGAAACUCAAAGGCUUGCAAAAGUAUUGUUGUGGAACAUAGAAAAAAAACCUCAAAUGAAAAAGUUCAUAUAUUGAAGACAAGAAAAAAAGUUCUCAAACCUUGGAUUUCUUGUGGCUGUCAAGAAACAGUGAGAGAAAUUUUGUUUGCUUAAUGCAAAAAUUUUUGAGUAGAGUUGAGCUACAGCUAUCUAAAGGCUGAGACUCAAAGAUUAAUAUGUUUUCUAAUGCAGGCAAAAGUAGUCCUUUAUGCAAAAGAACUUGGUUGAAAGGAAAAA